AUGGCGCAGCCGCGUCGGAGAGCGUUGCUGGCCCUCGUCGCCUGGCGCGUCUGCGCGGCGCCGCCGGCGUGCGAGGCGCCGCUCCUCGAGGUCGUCGCCGACGCCGACGUCGCGGCGCUCUACGCCGGGAACGGGCCCGUCGCCAUCCGGGGCCGCGCGAACCUGCCGUCGGCGACGAGCGCGCUGCUGCCCGAGUUCGUGUCGCCGCCGGCCGACGGCGCCUUCCCGCUCGCCGUGCGCGCCGGCGCGGGGUACCGCAACGCGACGGCCUGGGGCGCGGCCGCGCGGCCGUUCCUCGACGCGCGGCUCUCCGGCGCGGGCGCGGUGCUCUUCCGGGGCCUCAACUUCAGCCGGCCGGAGGAGUUCGCGGCGUUCACGGACGGCCUGGGCUGGGAGCGCGUGAGCAUCGGCGGCGGCGGCACGGCGCGCACGGCCGUCGGCGGCGUCCGCACCGCGUCCGACGAGCCCGCGGAGCAUACGAUCGAGCCGCACCAGGACAUGGCCCACAACCCCGCGCACCCGUCGAAGAUCGCCUUCUUCAUGGUCGAGGGCCCGCCCCGGGGGAAGGGCGGCGAGACCAUCCUCGUGGACAUGCGCGCGGUCACGCGGCGCGCGGCGGCGCGGGGCCUCGACGCGGCGUUCGCGGCGAAAGGCGGCGUCCGCUACGCGAAGAAGCUCUGGUCCGACGAGCUCGUCGACCCGGCGGUCAACACCUUCAACUGGCAGCGGCGCUACUUCACGCGCGACCGGGCCGCCGUCGACGCCGCGCUCGACGCGCUGCCCGGCGACGACGUGACCUGGUCCUGGUCCCCGGACGGCACGCUCGACUACGAGAACACGCUGCCCGCGACGCGGCCCCACCCGGCCACGGGCGAGCCCGUCUGGUUCAACGGCAUCCACACGAACCACCGCGACUACUUCGACCUCGCGCCCCACAUCGACACGACCCACGGGAGCCCCUACGACACGACCUACGGCGACGGCGACGCGAUCGACGACGCGACGCUCGCGGAGAUCCGCGCGGACAUCUGGAACUCGUGCGUCGCGGUGGCCCUCGAGACGGGCGACGUCGUCGUCGUCGACAACUUCCUCGCGGGCCACGGCCGCAUCGGCUGGGACCCCGCGGUGCGGCGCAAGAUGCUCCUCCAGCACUUCGCCAUUAUUGGCUUCGAGCAGUUCGAGCAUUGUCGCGCGCGAAUCCGCGGCGAGACCAUGCGCAACAAGAUCCUCCUGGCGCUCCUCGCGUCAUCGGCGGCGGCGACGUGCACGACGACCGUGAAGGUGGGGACGUUUGACGAAGCGAAUCCCUACACCAUCGCCCCGAUGACCCAGUGGCUCGACGACGACGACGUGUGCUUCGUGUUCUACCGCGAGACCUCCGGCGGCCGCUCCAUCCAGCACCUCGAGGCCGGCGACCUCGACAUGGCCAUGCUCGGGUCGACGCCGUACGCGACGGCGGCCGCGCGGCGCGCGGGCGUGUCCGCGGUGUCGAUCCUCCACUUCAAGGGCGCGGCGCAGGCCCUCGUCACGCGGCCGGACCUGACCGCGCCCCAGGACCUCGCGGGGACCGUCCUCUGGACGCCCUACACGUCCACGACCCACUACAUCCUCCUCGCGGGCCUCGCGCAGGCGGGCUUCGACGUCGACGAGGUCGCGCUGGUCACCGCGUCGCCGGCGGCGAUCAUCGAGGCCUGGGAUAACGGCGAAAUAGACGGCGCGGCGUGCUGGGGCAACACGAUGCAGCACCUGCUGGACAACGAGUGGGGCGGCGAGAGCGGCCAGCUCGGGCGCGCGAUGAUCGACGCCGCGACCGUCGCGCAGUGGGACUUCGAGACGGGCAACGUCCUCGGCGUCUCCGACGCCUUCCUCGCGGCCCACGGCGAGGACGGCGGCCUCGUGGAGCGCGUCGUCGACGCCUUCGCGCGGGCGAACUACGACUACGUCCGGGCCUACCAGCAGGACGGCUGGGCCGCGGCGGGCAACUACACGGAGCUCGUCGACCACUUCGUCUACCUGAGCGACUCGACGGGCACGGAGCCCCACGACUGGGACGAGCGCCACGACGACGUCUACGACCGCAUCUUCAAGUUCGAGUACCCGACGAUCGCGGAGCAGCUCGACUUCGACAUCGCGGCGAUGACCCAGAAGCAGGCGGCCUUCCUCUACCUCCAGAAGGCGCUCGCGUCGGAUCCCACGGCCGACAGCGCCGCCUACUACGACUCGACCUUCGACGCGAGCAUCCUCGAGGACCUCGACGCCGAGUCCAACGAGGCCGUCGCGCUCGACGAGACGGGCGCGGCAUCGCGCGGCUGGCCCGCGCCCGUCGACGCCGCGAACGUGCCCCCGCCGGAGCAGUACCCGUCGAGCGCGGACCCCGGCUGCGCGACCUUCACGUCGCUCAGCGUCUCGUCGUCGGCGACCUUCGACGACGGGUCCUCGUCGACGAACGCGUACGCGCUGGACGCGACGUGCGUCUGGGCCGUCAAGCCCGACGCCUGCGCGGCGGUCUCCCUGAACCGCCUCGCGUCCGAGGCGCCCUUCGACGCGCUCGAGGUCUUCGCCGCGAACGGCGAUCUCUUGGCCCGGUACAUGGGCCGCCACCUCGAGGGCUCGGAGCACCCGGCGGUCACGGGCUGCUACGACGCGUCGGUCUCCGACCCGCGGUCCGUCGCCGCGGCGCUCGCGGGCGUCGACGACGCGUCGAGCCUCGCGGCCGACGCCGACGAGGCCGUCGCCCUCUACGUGCGCUGGAGCACGGACGGCUACGACGAGCACGCCGUCGGCGCCCUGGGCUCCGUCGGCUUCGAGGCCGUCGCGGCGGACAUCUCGGCCUGCUCCUGCGGCGCCAACGGCGCCAAGCAGACCGACGUCGACGGGAACUGCUACUGCGCCUGCGACCCGGGCUACUCGGGCGCGUCCUGCGACCACGCGUACUGCAUGGGCGUCCUCGACGUCGACGACGGCUCGGGGACGCUCCGGUCCCAGCCGUCGACGAGCGACCGCUACGCGCCGCGGUCGACCUGCGGCUGGCGCAUCUCGUCCGCCGCCUACUCCCACGUGUCCCUCGACUUCACCUUCCUCGGCCUCGAGCGCGGCUUCGACUUCGUCAAGGUCUACGAGGGCUCCGGCCUGCCCCCGGGCUACGGCGCGUCCUCGACGGUCGGCGCGGACGACUACGUCUACGCGCUCACGGGCGACGACGUGCCCGACCACCCCAUCAUCGUCGCGGGCGACGCGUUCCUCGUCUUCGAGAGCGACGGGUUGACGAACGCGAUCGUCGACGGCGAUUCGCUGGGGACCGGCGGCUUCGAGGUCGCCUACGAGGCCUUCGACCGGACGUCGUGCUCGGACGCCGGCUCCGCGUCCGCGGGCUGCCUCGGCCGCGGCACCUGCGCGGCCGACCUGAGCUGCGACUGCGAUCUCGGGUACUACGGCUACAGCUGCGGCUUCGACCACUGCGUCGGCGACACGCACCUCGGGUCCGUGACUUCCGGCGAGAUCCUGUCGGGCCACGUCGACGACUACCCGUCGUCGACGACGUGCCUCUGGGCCUUCCAGGUGCCGACGUCCCUCGGCGACGCGAGCCUCGCGGGCCUGAGCCUCGUCUUCGCGACCUUCGACCUCGAGUGGGGCGAGGUCAGCGGCUCGGCGACGUCGGACCGCGUCGCCGUCUACCUCGUCGAGGACUACGCGUCGCCGGACGUCGACGCGGGCCUCAAGGUCAAGGAGUACACGCGCGCGGACCUCGAGGACGGCGUCUUCUCGCUCGACGCGCAAAACGACAUCACACUGACGACCGACGACAUGGCCCCGUACUACGACGGCGACGCGCUCAACGUCGUCGUCGCCUUCGUCGCGGACAAGAACAACCCGGACCCCUACGGCGGCUUCGACGCGCACUUCGCGGGCUACUGGGAGGUCUCCGGCGACGCCGUGACGUACUGCGAUUCCGGCGCCUCGGGCUACUGGGACUGCGGCGACGGCCAGGUCUGCGGCGGGAACGGCUACUGCGUGGCGUCGUCGAGCAGCUCGAAGAAGGCCGGGGACCCGACGGGCCUCAUCGUCGGCAUCGUCUUCGGAUUGGUCGGCGCGUUCGCGCUCGUCUUCUACGCCUACCGGCGGAAGAAGAUCCAGAAGAGCCGCGCGCAGAAGGCCGUCAUCGCCAAGGUCACGGAGGAGCUGCAGAACUUCAAGGACAGCGUCAUCGGCAUGCGGUCCGUGUCGCGGCCCUUCAGCCCGGACACGGCCGCGUCGGACGUCGCCAUCGACGUCGUCGACGACCCGGGCGUCGAGCUCCUGCCCGCGGGGCCGGCGCGGUGGUACUGGGAGGAGUCGCCCCAGCGCAUCCAGAACCACGCCAACGUCAAGCCCCCCUUCUGGGUGCCCUACGACGCGUCGGACGCGAAGCGGCUCGAGGCCGCGUACGCGGCCAGGAAGAAGGAGCUCUGGAUGAACGACGUCUACGUCGUCGACUUCCGGGCGAUGACGCAGACGAACACGCGGUCCGGCUUCGGCCGCAACGUGCUCCGCGACCAGCCGAAGCGGCAGCCCGCGAAGCAGCGGAGCUCGCGCGACGUCGCCGUGUCCGCCGCGGAGCGGCCCGGCGACAUCGCCUGCGACGAGCCCUGCCUCAUCCUCGAGGAGGGCGCCGUCAUCCAGAUCGCCAAGCAGCGCGACGACGGCUGGGCCUACGGGUCCAUCGUCCUCGGCGGCAAGAAGCACCACGCGCCGGGGAGCCUCCCGAGCGACUGGAGCCUCGACAGCGGCUGGUUCCCCAUGGCCCGCACGGACCCGCCGAGCUCCGAGCAGCUCGCGGAACUCCAGGACGCGCUGGGCGGCGGCGGCGCCGACGCCCUGGCGCCGCCCAGGUACUGGGACCAGGUCAAGGACCCGCUCGUCGCCGAGUACUUCAAGCUCGACCCCAAGUCCGACGAGUACAAGCGCGCGGCCGGCGCGUUCCUCCUCGAGGACGACCUCCGCAAGAAGUGCACGAUCCAGUCCAUCGAGCGCGUCCAGAACAUCUCGCUCUGGCAGUCCUACUGCGUCAGGAAGUCCGCGACGGUGUCGCGCGAGGGCUCCGAGAACCUGGCCGAGGCGACGCGCAAGUACGUCCGCUGCUGGCUCUUCCACGGCGCGCCGGGCGACGUCGUCGCCAAGAUCCUCCAGCAGGGCUUCAACCGCUCCUUCUGCGGCAAGAACGCGACCUUCUUCGGCAAGGGCGUCUACUUCGCGCGCGACGCGUCCUACUCCGCGUACCCGCUCUACUGCCGGCCCGACGACAACGGCGUCCAGUCCAUCUUCCUCUGCCGCGUCGUCAUCGGCCAGUACUGCCAGGGCCGCAAGGACGCCCUCACGCCGGACAUCCGCGACGACUCGCGCAACCUCCUCUUCGACUCGACGGUCAACCACGUCGUCAACCCGGAGAUCUUCGUCACGUACCACGACGCGCAGGCCUACCCGGAGUACCUCAUCAAGUUCAAGCAGUCGGGCCCCGUCGGCGGCCACCCGCAGACCGGCAACCGCCAGCACCCGCGCUACAAGAACUGGGUCACCGAGCUCGAGGAGGCCCGCUAG